AAAAUUGUCAAUUUGACAUAUUUUGACAUUUGAGUUUUGAGGUUAGAAAUUAGGUUACUUUCAUUUGCUAUAAGAUUUUUAUUAUAAAAAAUGUCUAUAGUCCUACCCCCUUCAAGUGGCAUCGGUAGAUGUUAUGCAAAAGCUGCAAAAUCGAUCCGUCUAAUACGCCAUGGAUGUACUAACAGACCAUUCUAUCACAUUUCUGUAAUUCACAGAAAGCGUCCCAAUUCUCUGCCAGUGAUAGAACAAUUGGGAUCUUACGAUCCAAUGCCAAAUAUUAAUAAUGAGAAACUGGUGGCACUUAAUUUUGAGCGGCUCAAAUACUGGCUUGGGAAAGGCGCUCACGUUACGAACCCUGUGGGAGAAUUGCUUGGUCUAGCAGGCUUCUUCCCAAUUCAUCCCCGAUCUUACAUGACUGCAUGGAGAAACAGACAGACAGAAAGAGAAAACUUAGCCAAACAAGAAGCAGAAAACCAAGAGAAAGCUGCUACUUCAUAAUUAGUUAUUAGUGUUGUUAUUAGAUUUUAGCCAAUAAAUGUAAUUUAAAUUAA